CGGCUUCAGUUCGGCCGGUAGCAGAAAAUGAAAAAUUCACGGGAAAGAUUAUCGAGAUGAUCAUCACAGAAAAUAACCAACCUGCCAAUGAUGAUAUUGGUUAUACUGGAGAUCCGGAGUCAGGAAAGUCGAGUAUCAUAGAGCAUGAUACUCACGAUACACAAGAGGGUAGAACACCUCCAAUCACACCCCGUUCCUCAUCUGUAGCCGACCCACGGGACGACUCUCCACCGAGCUAUUCCACGGCUACAUCCCCUCGACCACACCUCUCAAUGCCUCUCCUCUCCACGGACCCACGGACCCCCCAACAAUUACACUCCUCUCAUCACCCAAGCCCCGUCGAGUCCAUCGAGUUGGGACGAACAUGGACCGCCUCUAUCGACCCCCACGCCCAACCAGAGCUAGAAUCCCAAAUAGUACUACGCCCUCGUAUAAAUCGAGGUUCCAUGAGCGUUUGUUGUUGUUUGGUGAUUACGGUGUUGGCGUUAGGAG